AAUCUGAGUUUCGCGGGAGGCCCUUGGCGCGUAACCCGUCUCUCUUCCCUUCAUUCAUUGUCAGCGGCAGCAGCCGCUGCUGCUUCCUGGAGCCAUUUUCCAACCAGCCCCAUACAGCGGGAGCGGCCGGGUUCCAUCCGCUGCAUCUGCCCGCUGAGCGGGCUCCUUUCUCUUAGCUCCUCCGCCUCCUGAAGCCGGAACCCCCCCCGGUACCCCUAGCUUGGACCAUUUUGAGUCGAGCGCGGGCAUUGAGCAGAAAAAGAGCUUAGGAGGCCGGGUGGGGGGGUGCGGAGUGAAAGGGGUGGGAGGAGACUUCGCUCCGGGUGCAGACCCACAAGCAGAAGGAUGCGAAGGGGACUCCAGCCGCAAGCGCUCGCAGCUCGGCCGGCUUCGCCUUCCAUGGACUCCGGAGUGACCCCCGCUGUCGCCGUCAGCCUCCCAGCUCGUUUCGCUGCAGCCGCCGGCACCUUCAUCCAGAUCCACAGCAGUUCCGGGGCAUCUGCGUUGGGGGCGCCUUGGGUCUCCUCCUGCUUUCCCGGGGCUGCUUGUGGCGUAGCUGAGGACGUUCGGCCCGGUCUGGUGGGUGGCGCCGCCGCCUCCUUGUGCUGUACCCCGCAGGGGCCCGCGGGACGGACCGUGCUGUUGCAGCCCGCCCGUGGAAGUGGAGGCCGACCCUCGGCAAAGCGAAGACUGGAGCUAGGAGAAAGUGAACAACAGUUUCUAACUCAAGGAUUAAGAACACCAAAAGGGAAAGGGAGAGCUGCAACUAGAAGUCCAGAUAGUCCCAAAACUCCAAAAUCUCCUUCAGAAAAGACACGAUAUGAUACGUCCCUUGGUCUUCUCACAAAGAAGUUCAUUCAGCUCCUGAGCCAGUCCCCUGAUGGUGUUGUAGAUUUGAACAAAGCAGCAGAGGAACUUAAGGUACAAAAAAGGAGGAUCUAUGAUAUCACCAAUGUCUUGGAAGGCAUCCACCUCAUUAAGAAAAAAUCCAAAAACAACAUUCAGUGGAUGGGUUGCAGUCUCUCUGAUUAUGGUGGCAUGCUGGCACAUUGUCAAAGCUUGUCUAAGGAGGUAGCAGAACUCAACCAGGAAGAGAAGAAAUUGGAUGAGUUGAUACAAAGCUGUGCCUUUGACCUCAAGCUGCUAAGAGAAGAUUCUGAGAAUCUGAGAUUAGCUUACAUUAGGUAUGAAGAUAUUCGGGAAAUUAGUAGCCUUAAAGACCAAACUGUCAUACUUGUGAAAGCUCCUCCAGAAACAAAACUAGAAGUGCCUGACCCAGUAGAGAAUAAGCUGAUACACUUAUCUAGUACCCAAGGGCCUAUUGAGGUUUACCUGUGUCCAGAAGAAACAGAUUCCUACAGUCCAGUGAAAACGUGCAAUCAGGACCACAAUGGAAAUAUCUCAAGAAACAUUUCCAAAGAUGUGACUUCUGAUAACUCAGGAAGUGUUGACUGUUCAACAACUACAGCUACCAUUUCCCCAUUGGCCUCUCCAACCAACCUUCUGCAGCAAACAGAGGACCAAAUCCCUUCAAACUAUGAAGGGCCAUUCGUAAGCUUGCUGCCUCCUCUGCUUCAUGAGGACUAUCUACUUAGCCUUGGAGAAGAAGAGGGUAUCAGUGACCUAUUUGAUGCUUAUGAUUUGGAAAAAAUUCCAGCUUUGGUGGAUGAAUUUUUAUGCAGCUGAUUUAUCCCUUGUGUCUUCCCUCCCCACCAUCUAUAAACUUGUUUUAAAAAUGGAACCAGAAUACCUGCUGUCAUUCCGUGUUGCUCCUUAUCCCCCUGCCUCUCUACCCUUUUCCCCAAAGGACUUGCAUUUGGAGUGCUUGAAAUUUAUGAAAAAAUACUUUGUAGAAUAGUACAAAUGCAGUACUGCAGACUUUCUCAUCAGUUACCCUAUACUCUGGUGACUAUUGAUUUGGCAAACUUAUAAAAGAAUGUGUACUGAAAUAAGGGAAUGAUUAUCCUUCCCUCAGUCUGAUUUACUACGUCUAGCUUUGUGAAGGGCUCCAAGAACUGUUUUACUUGCACAUAGCAAUUCUUCCUUAAUAUUUCAAGCUGUGCCUUCUGUGGAGAGUGUCUCGAGUCCUAGACUGUAUCUACAGUAAUCAUAAAUGCAAAAAAAAAAGGAAAGGAAAAAUAAUUUAAAAAGUGAAAUGGAAUUCUAAUGCUUGUUGGGAAUAUUUAACUUGUUCUCCAUGCUCUGUGUUUGGGAGGAUAGCUUAUUGAGGACAGAUUUAAGACCCUCAAACAGCUUUUCAUAUAAAAUAUACUUUAAGUGUACUGUGUAUUGCAGUCCUGGGUAAAACAGAGAUGAUGGCUCUGAUCCAACACAGACAAGUCUUCAUAUGUGUAACUUCUUGAAAAUAAAAGAAAAAACUGACCUCCUGCAGAUCAGCUGUUUGGCAGGGAGUGUUGAAUUCAGUCCCUUACUGGUGAGUCAGCUGGUGUGGUUUUAAUCCCUGCCACCAAGAGUUAUAUCUGUGCAGCCAAGCUGUUGGAUCAAGCUGGGGAGCUUUAUGCAGCACCAGUGUAGGGACCCAGUUGCUUUUUCAGCUAGGGAUACUUGUGCAGAAGUAUGCAUAGAACUCCUAGCUCGAUCAGGGCAACCACUUUCCCCCAUAGGGAUUGGAAAAAUUGAGAUUCCUGUAUGUGAGGAAGUGCUUUUUUAAAAAUACAAAGCAAAGAUGCAUGGCUUGGUUGUACUGUCCCGAGUGUGCAACAGAACUGGUACAUAAAGUUUUUGUGGUACGAAGUGGGGCUUUAUGAUAAGUGCCUACUAGAGUUGUACUGUGGGCUUUUCCCUUUAAGGGUACUAUUUAUGCCAAGCUUCACUUAUUCAGCACACUGUGUGUUUUAGAGGGUUAGCUGCCUCUGCUUUCAAUUUUGGGAGCUGAUACAAAGCUGACAUUUUGCCCAAAGUAAAGAUAAUAUACCUGUCAGUACUCGUACUCUGUUGUGUUAAUUUAUAACUCGUUGCUGGUAUAGUGUGUGAAAUGAAUAAAUUUCAUGUGUCUUGCACACAAUUGUGUAAAAGGUUGCCAUUUCAGAUUUAAUUAGUUGAAUAGUUUAAGCAGUUAGCAUUACUUUUUUCUUUCUAAUGCUUAAUUAAUAUGUGUUAUGCGUUUAAAGUACAAGUGCAGGUUUUCUGGUACCACUGAGAUGCUGCUAUAGAUGCUCACAAAUGAAAUGGCUGAGUACUAGUAUGAAAGCUGUAUGAGUGAGCCUUGGGAUAUAAUUGUGUAAAAAGGGCAACACAUUAAGAACUGUUAAACAGUGUUAAAUGUGUGUGUACAAACAUGUGCAUAGUUACUUCAUUGGUUAUUUAAGUUGUGUGUUUUCAAAAUUUAGUCAUCUAACAGUUUUGUAUAAUAGGAAUUAAUUUGUAAAACCUGCCAGAAUAUUUUAUAGCUGGUUUCUAACUUCUUGAAAAAUUUUAAAACGUGGGUCUGUAAAUAAAAAUACAGUAUUUAAAGUUGAUCUUGUGGAGGAAAGAAAAAGUUGUGUAAGCACGAAUGCUUUGAUGGAAUGAAGGGAGCCCCUAUGGGACAAAUGAAAGAAAAAAACUUUUAUGCCAUUUUGUACAAAUUACAUACUUUCCCAAUGUGUGGAUAAAAUACUAAUCUUAAUAUAGCUUUGAAUGAUAUGCUAGUUCUACAGAUCUCCUGUAAAAUAAUGUAAACAAAAACAACUUUGUAUUUGUAAAAAAAAAAAAAAAAGCUUUGCAUUUGUAAAGACAACCUGUUUAGCUGUGAUCUUGCUUCUUCCAAUGUAUGUAACUGACAUUUUUAUGGUAAUCAAUAAAAAGCUUUAUUAUCAGUAUAUAAAUAAUACCUUUUGAGUGACA